AUGGCAGUAUUUAGGAUUAAUCUCCGAUUCUCAAGCUUUAGAGAGCUACCAAAAAUGGUAUUUAGACACUGGAGUUUAUUUCUGCAGUUUGCAAAAACGAGCAGAAUUCAAUUGAUCAAAACGUAUAUCUUGGUACCUGUAGGUGCCAUCAUAGCUCUAUGUAUAUUGUACGGUGUCGAUCGAUUCAUAAGGAAUGUGAUUAAGGUCAAGUUUCCUGCUAGUGUUGCAGUUAUGCUGAUCAAUUUUGGGUUCAUGUGCACACUAAGCGCAUGGCGCAGACCUUAUGCAGACAUCUAUGUGAAGAUUAUAGAUGUUCCGCUGAGCUGGAGUCUCAGGUGGAUGAACCUAUUUUUCACUCCAGCCUUCGUGGUAUUACCAUUGAGCCCAUGGAUAAGCUGGCAAGACGCGCUUCUGAUUGUUGCGGUAUUCGUCAUUGGAUAUGUGCUGUCGUUUGUGCUCUUGGCAUACAUCACUAUUUUAGGCCAGAAGCUCACUGGGAGUCGUAGAUUCAUCAGCAUCUUUGUGAGACAAGAGGAAAUCGACAAUGGGAUGCAGGCUGGCUCAACUUUCACUCCUCCUACCAGAACUCAACGAAGGUCAUCCAGUAAAGGAGUCGGGACUGGCGCACCUGAAAAAUACGAGGUGAGCUACGAAUCUGACGCAGCGUUGUCCGAUAUUGCCAGUAACACUAAUAUUCUUGUGGAAAGAAGGAGAACUAAUGUCGAAGAAGUUCAGCGCCAUUUACCGUUAUCACCUUCAGGAUCAAGAGGCAUGGUCGACUCAACUUCAGUUUCGGAUGAAACGACAGGUCCAAUCAGAAGAAUCCAUGUCCAAACUCCGGAGCCCACUUACUUCAGCCAAAACGCAAGCACCCCAAAGGUCAGCUCGAUGCACGAAAACAAGCCGGCAGUAUGCAGAAGAGCUCUCACGAACCAAGAAUCAUCCACUUUCUCCGAGGAUUUUGACAAACUGUUUGUCUUCAACAUGUGGCAGGACCACUUGCAUCACAUGCUUUAUGGUCUUGGCUUUAUCGCGAGCAUCUUCACAUAUUAUUUUACCUGGUAUACCAUGCCAUUCCAGUUCUUCACCGCAGUCGUCACUUUCAUGUUCGUGAUAGACAAUCCAUUCGUGAAAAACCCAACGUACAAAAAACUGCUUCAUCCAGUAAUCUGUUCCGUGGCCUUGUCGUGGAUUGUGUUUCUUGUGUCAGUUAUGAUCAAGCACCAGGCGAUAAAGUAUUUCCUGACUGACUUGAAAAGCUAUAAAACGGGUAGGACCUACUUAAAGCUUUUCGAUAACGCUGCAUUCGCAAGCCAUGUGUGGCCUGGGGCUGGUGAUAUUUUCGGCACCUGUAUGGAUAUCUCAAUUGUGGGACUGUCACUGCCCAUGUACACGCACCGCCACGAUCUGCGUCGCCAUUUCCUGAGCAUGAUACCUCCAAUUCUCUUAUUUUGCGCUGGCUCACUGAUACUCUACCCGGUAAUCUGUCACCACAUCGGUUUGUCGAGCGAAAUGUCAAUUGGAUUUGUUGGACGAAGCAUUACUUUGGCACUGGGCACGCCUACCGUGGAGAAUCUAGAUGGGUCUGUCACUCUUAUGGCUGUUACUACCGUUGUCAGUGGCAUUGUGGGCGUUUUGAUGGGUGGGCCCUUUUUGAAUUUUCUGAAAGUUCCGGAGAAUGACUAUGUUACACGGGGACUCACACUUGGGUGCAGUUCAAGUGCCAUCACCACUGCGUAUCUCCUAGGUGUUGAUAGACGUGCUGCAGCCAUCAGUAGCCUGUCAUUCUCGCUCUUUGGAGCCUUCAUGGUCGUCCUGAGUGCUGUGACUAAAGUCAAAGAUUUUGUACACAUGCUUGCAAACAGCUAG